AUGGUCCGUCAUUACAGUCCUGUGAAGUUUGAAGAUGACCAGGGUCAGCGUUCAUGUACUGGUAGUUCAAGAACCAGCUCAUUUUCUCCGAUUCGGACAAGUUUACAGGUCUCAAAGACACAGAAACCAAUUGGUCAGGUGGAGUCAGCGGACCAUGAAUGUGGGAAAUUGGGGAAGUGUGCUAGCUCUCACGGUGCUGGGCAGUACCCAACACCAAGUUCAAGUUCUGGUAGACCUUUUAGAUCACCAUCCCCAAGUAGGUCAUAUUCAUCAAAGGACAGCAGAAAGUCAAAAAGCCACCGGAAGGGGAAAACCGAAAGUGCAAGUAAAAUUACUGCAGGUGGUAGGUCUUCUAGAUCACCAUCAUCCAGUAGGUCAAAGUCACCAGAGGACAGAAGAGGUUCUUCACGCAACCGGAAGCGGACAACCGGAAGUGCACGUAAAAGUACUGCAGGUGGUAGGUCUUCUAGAUCACCAUCUUUCAGUAGGUCAAAGUCACCAGAAGACAGAAGAGAAUCUUCACGGAACCAGAAACGGACAACCGGAAGUAGGAAAAGAACAACUGCAGGUGGUAGGUCUUUUAGAUCACCAUCUUCCAGUGGAUCACAGUCACCAGAAGAUAAAAGAAGGUCUUUACAUAGUAGUCGGAAGUCUAAGACUUACAGCGACGAAGGGCACCGGAAGUCACCAACAAGAGAUGAAAGCAAAGAUAAUGGAAGGACUUAUAGUUCUCCAAUAUCAUCAUUUAAAAAACGGUUGACAAUUACACACAGGACAAACGGACGACAAUCAAGAAGUCGAAAAGUAAAUGUGCAUAGAUCGUCAUCCAUUUCCGAGUCAGAUGGAAGUGUACGACCACGUAGGUGUCCAUCAGUGCAGAUGAAAAGUAAAUGGAACACAAGAAGGGCACAUUCACGUCGGUCAUCAAGCUCAGACUCCGAAUUGAGGUCAAGGUCACAUAAAGAUAAGGCAAAGAACAGUCGAAAGUACGAUUACGAUGGUUCUUCUCACAAAUGUAGCUCUCGAAGACAGGUUGAUCCUCGGAAACAUCCGAAGGCGUUGCGUUAUGAUGGGAAAACCAGUUGGCUAUCAUUUAAGCGAAAGUUUGAAAGUUUCCAAAAGGUGAUGAAUUGGUCGGAAAACGAAUGCAAAGAUUAUCUGUUGUGGAGAUUAGAGGGCAAGGCUCUUGACUUCUUCACUAUAACGACAACAGAAAAUGAACGAUAUUCAUUUCGUCGUUUAAUGAAGUCGUUGGAGUCUCGUUUCGGUACCAAGGAACUUCGUGAGACAUCGAAAGCUAAGUUCCGUCAGGCUGUUCAAGAGCAGGAGGAGUCGCUGGAAGACUGGGCUGACCGUAUGCUUACUUUAGCCACACCAGCGUUUGCGGACCUUCCAGAAGACCAUAUGCGGUUUGUAGCGAUUUCCCGGUUUUGCCAGGGUUGUAAUGACAGAGAGGCAGCCAAGCAUGCUUGUUUGGAAAAUCCUUCAAGCAUGGAAGAAGCUCUCAACCUGGUUAAACAGCACCAAUACAUAUCGUUGGCGGUAGAUGGCAAAAAGAACAGACGGGGCCGAGAAGGAAUUUCAGUAAAUGCUGUGCAGGCAUCUUCAGAAGCAAAGACAGAAUAG